UACAUCUCGUUUUACUACUACUUAAUCCAUAAUCACAAACACAGAGAUCCAAUAACAAAACAACACCAAUAGAAAAUUUCUCAUUAGAAGAUCAUAAUAUAAUGGCUAAGAAGAAUAAUAUUGUGAUCGUCUUCGAUUUCGACAAGACAAUCAUCGAUGUAGACAGUGAUAACUGGGUCGUAGAUGAACUUGGCUUCACUGAUUUGUUCAACCAGCUUCUUCGAACAAUGCCUUGGAACUCUCUCAUGAAUGGUAUGAUGAAGGAGCUUCAUGAUCAUGGCAAAACCAUUGAAGAGAUCAAACAAGUCCUGAGAAGAAUCCCUAUUCAUCCUCGUGUCAUCCCUGCCAUCAAAGCAGCUCAUGCUUUAGGGUGCGAGCUGAGAAUAGUGAGCGAUGCUAACACGUUGUUCAUCGAAACGAUCAUUGAACAUCUCGGGAUUAGAGAGUUUUUCUCUGAGAUCAACACAAAUCCUGGUAUUGUAGAUGAUCAAGGAAGAUUAGUAAUCUCUCCUUACCAUGACUUCACCAAAUCUCCCCAUGGUUGCACUCGUUGCCCUCCUAACAUGUGCAAGGGUUUGAUAAUUGAGAGGAUUCAAGCUUCUCUAACUAAAGAAGGGAAGAAGAUGAAGAUGAUCUAUCUUGGAGAUGGUGCUGGUGAUUACUGUCCAAGUCUUGGACUCAAAGCUGAAGAUUACAUGAUGCCGAGGAAGAAUUUCCCGGUUUGGGAUUUGAUUAGUCAAAAUCCCAUGUUGGUUAAGGCUACGGUUAGAGAUUGGACCGACGGAGAGGCAAUGGAGAGGAUAUUGAUGGAAAUAAUCAACGAGAUUAUUUCAUUAGAGGAAGAAGAAGAGGAGGAGAAGAUGUUGAGCUCUGAUAUUUGCAAGAUAUCUGUUGGGAUUGUUCAUGAACCUAUGGUGCCUCUUGCUCUUCAAGUUCCUCUUAAUUUGGUCAAGUAAUUGAUGCAAAGAAGUUGAAGAAUCUUUUUUCGAAAAUAUAUAUACAUAUUCUUUAUGCAAUCGAGAAAAAACGUAUUUAAGAUGCCUAUAUAAAGUUGACUUGUUCAUGCACGUACUGACGUACGUAGGGUGAAUUCUUUUCGACUCUGAUUGUAAGAGAUUUACUUUACUUCGGAAGGCUAAAAGGCCUUGCUUCCGAAAGCUCGUGUUUAACUUGUGUUUUUCAAUAGUGGAAUAUCGUAACAUUAUA